AUGUCAUCUUCUCUUGAUGAUGAUGAUACUUGGUGGUUUUGCACAUACAUGGAUCAUGAACAGCCUAUGGAAUGUGCUAAAACAUCAACAAAAGUCGAGGAGGACGAAACUUUGUCGUUGUUUCGAGUUCAUGAGCAAGAGCAGCCCGUUGUGGAAAGUGCUACAACACCAUCAACUAAUGAAGAAGAGAAAAUUAAGUCGUCGUUUCGAGUACUUGAGGAAAAGGAAGAGAAAAUAGGUGAAGUGAAAAACACGGAAGAAGAAGAGGAGGAUGAUUUGGAUGCCACGUGGAAGGCAAUCAUGGAGUCAAAAGGACUGGGAACUAGGCCCCAGCUUAGGAAAAGUGACACGUGGAGCUGCGGCGAUGGUGGUGGAAAGGAGAGGGAGAAAGGAAAGGGGGAGAUGGGGGGAUUGAGUAAGUAUAGGGUAAGGAGGAAGUUGAAGAAGUGGCAGAGUUUUCGAGAAAUGGUAGAGAGAAAAGUGAAUGUUGGUGGUGAUAGCGGCGGUGGUGAUGGUGGGGAGAAGUCGGGGCAGAGGAGUAUGGAUGUGGCGCUGACCUUUCAUGAUGAGUUCAAGAAGCGAGCUGAUGCGUUUAUUGCUCGGUUUACUCAUGAUAUCCGUCUUCAAAGACUGGAGUCCGACCAACGUUUUUUGGAGAUGAUUAACCGUGGUCUCUAG